AUGGCUCACCGCAUGAUGUUUUUCCUCUCUUUCCUUGUAACCCUAGCAGCCAUUGAAGGCAUUCAUGCAGUUGACUACGUAGUCACCAACACCGCCAGGAACACUUCUGGCGGGAUUCGCUUCGACAAAUAUAUUGGAUGCGCAUACGGUAAGGAAACAUUGAUUUCUGCCACGGAAUUCAUAUGGAGGCUUUUCCGGGAAAAUGAUUGUGCGGACAGAAAGAAUGUGCAGAAAGUGAGUUUGUUUAUCGAUGACAUGGAUGGAGUUGCAUAUGCUAGCAACAACGAGAUCCAUGUUAGCGCAAGAUAUCUCAAUGGCUACUCGGGGGAUUUGAAAAGGGAAUUCACAGGGGUUAUUUACCAUGAAACGACACAUAUUUGGCAGUGGGAUGGAAAAGGGUUGACUCCUGGAGGAUUGAUUGAAGGAAUUGCUGAUUUCGUGAGGUUGAAGGCAGGGUAUGCCCCGAGCCACUGGGUGCAGGCUGGGAAAGGUUAUAAAUGGGACCAUGGCUAUGAUGUUACGGCUCGGUUUUUGGACUAUUGCAAUAGUCUUAGAAAUGGGUUCGUGGCUGAUUUGAAUAAGAAAUUGAAGAGUUCUUAUAAUUCUACUUUUUUUGUUGAGCUGCUCGGGAAGUCUGUUGAUCAGCUUUGGAGUGAAUACAAAGCAAAGUAUGGGAAUAUUUAA